ACACCGAAAUACGCAAGUCACGAGCGUUUGUUGCAUAUUUCGCUGCAGCAGUAUACGAAAAAUUAAUCCUUGUUAGUGUGUACUAUAGACCUCACAAAGAUAUACAAGACUUGAAUCUCCCGGCGGCCAAAAGGGAACUGCAAAAGUAUGCGAACUGGUUGAAGACGUCCGCCAGGGACAGGCACGUGAUCGUAGCUGGGGAUUUCAACUUCGACCCACUUGUCCGCAAACCUUCGGAUCCCUCUCCAGCAGUGCGCGAAGCGCUUAUAGAUCCCAUCUUGGCGAUUGGCGGGCACCGUAUACGCGGAGUAGGCGUCACAUGCUUUAGAUCCGAGGCUGGAACAACGAUUGACCAUAUCUUCACCAACAUCAUUCAUAUAUCCGCGGGGGAUGUACGAAAAUUUCACAUCAAGGAUCAAGAGUAUCACGAGUUGCUGAAUGAUGAUGAAUUUCAAGACUAUCCAUCGGAUCAUGCCGCUCUAUACAUCUCGAAUCAAUCUCUAACCGAUGCAGCUUCGGUAGAGACAAGGCUGGAUCAGGAACUCAAGAAAGACCAAGAAGCCCAUGCCCUAGCCGUGAAGGCGAAGACACGAGCACAAGUUCUCAGCAGCUAUCCAGAUUUUCAACAUCCGUCAUCCAAGCGCCACAUCUCACAUUACGUGCUAGCUACAAAGGAUGAUCUGGCACAUGGAUUUGAAUUCAAGGUUAAGAUGCCUCGAGAAACGAAAAUCCUUGAAUAUGACUAUGCGAACGAUAUAGAACGAUAUCUACUCUUCCAGAGGGCCGUGCUUCCAAAAAAGCGAUGGAGAGAGGAAAGACGUCGCGAGAGAGAUGCAGCCAUGGCACAAAAUCCUGUGGGGAAGAAAAAGAAGAAAUUGCGGUCUUUAGUGCUUCGUCGACCAAUUCCCAACAACAUCUUUCAACUGGCUGAUUUCCUCUCGGCAGUGGCUAUCGCUGGAGGGUACGUUAUCGGGGAAAAGGUUGACAAAGAACGUCCGAUGAAAAUUUGGCAACAACCCUCCGGAUCCGUCACACGAGAAGCAGCAAUGAACGAAAAACAGAUGAUCGCGUACGAAGAAACGAGGCAGAAGGCGAUCACAGCUGCAAUGAGGUCGCUCACCGUCCAGAAGUCGAGUGCGCUUUUUUCUGCCACCACCAGCGUCCAACAAUCUGUAAUGGGCUCCAAGAGAGGAACCCCUACUGGACUUAUUCACAGUCUUCGGACAGGUACCUUAGUCAGCGAGACUCCAGCGCAAGUCGCGGCAGGUUUGACGGCGGAGCACCUCGAAAAGGCGAGUGCUUUCUGGAAAAUAACAGGAUUAGGCCAUCCUGAGCUGUGCAACAAUGACAUCUUCGAGGACAUGUUAUUCAUCGCACGAAACCUAGAUCCUAUAAGGAUUUCUACCAAUAUAGCCACGGAGCUCUUGCAAAAUGCAGCAGAGAAACCUGAAAUGAAAUCACCAAGUGGGGCGAGGAAGACAUUGCUGGCAGCGAUGAGGAGGUCGCCAGUAGCUCUGGAACUCUUCCGGGCCUGUAUGGAGAACUCUUUGAAUCAAGUAAAGGAACAAACUGCUAGGUCAAUUCCCUCCUUCGUUCCAGCUCAUCUCAAAAGACAGGUCGCUAGUUACUUGCAUAAAGAGGGAAAAGCGGCUAAGGGGUCCCAGCUUCGUCUGGUCGUUAGUGCCGAGCCCACAGUGCGUGCGCUCCUCUCCUACGCUUGCAGACAAUUAAAGACCCGGACUGAGCAAGCUGGAGCCCUUGGGACAUUCACGGCUGGCGGAAGAGAACUCUCAGCGCUGGAUGUUUGUAGGCAAGCAUGGGAUACAGCAAUUACGACCACAUUGGAGAAUCCAGAAGCAAUCGUUCUCAUUUCGGUGACAGACUUCUGCAACAUGUUCAACACCAUGAUUUUCCAGCUUCUCCUGCGAGUCUUGCGCCUUUACAAGAUCCGACCCGAGCUAAUCCUUUUCAUUGCCGCUUCGAACGUAUCUAAACAAGUCUUCACAUCUAACGGCCCAACGCUUGUCGCCUUACGCAGAUUCUCGCACUUGAUCAUAGGCACAAACGAAGCAUGUGAAAUCGCAAUUGCAGCUUGUGCCCCCUACCUUGCGUUUUUGCACCGCACGCUCCUGAGCAUACGGGAGGCAAAAGAACAAAGCAAGACGCCACCAAAGUUCGCACUUGAUCAACCACUGCAGAAUGCAAGAGAUCUACUAGUCCGAUGGAGCCAAUACACAAUGGACGAUGUAAUAGAAGAGGAUAAAUUCAAGCUGCGCGAAUGUGAUCUGGAUUACUGGGAAGAGUAUCAUCUACUCACCGCGGAGAUAAAAAAGACAGCGAACGAUCUUAAAUUCGUGAUGCGAAUUUGUGUGGACGACAUCUCAGUUCUCCUCACAACGACCAGAAAAGAACUACAAGGAGGUUGCCCGUACCUGCGAGCUUCCUCUCAUGCGGUGUGCCGGAUGGUGGAACUCUUGACAGAUGAUCUCUCCCUGUUCUUCGAUGGGAAGAAAAAGUUCAAGCUAGUGAUGCUGACCAAAUUUGAAGAUCAAGAACGGGACACUCUAGCGAAUAAGGCACAGAGUUUAUAUCGGGUUUUCGGGAUUGCGCCGCAAAUUGUUUAUGAAGCGACGAUAUGCGGAUUCCCUAUCAGAUAUGAUCUAGCUGCUUCUAUGAAGGACGCGAUCAACAGGAGGAUUGGUGCGUGCAGGUACUUGGCCAUGCGAGUGCGAGGCUUACUCUCAAACGUGGUUUCAGGAACAGACCUUUUGGAUAUUAUUCAACAACUCGCAUUUUCUCCGAUAGUACACCUCUUUCCAGCAUUUGCAGAUCGCAUGGAUUCCCUGGAAAAGGAAUUCAUUGAGGAAAAGAUCGCUGCUGCCAUGUUAUCGGAGUGCGGCUUCUCAAAUCAAGCAAUAAAUCAACUCCUGGCAGAACAUGGAUCAGACAGAAGCGCAGACUUGUUCUUCUCCGCCAUGACUGGUUUUCAGCGGCCGUCGAUUGUGGGCCCACGAGCGCGAGACAACGCUUUGGUGAAUUGGAUGAGUGUUACAGGCGAUGAACAGAUGGUAGAUCUAUUAAGGCUCACUAUCCAAGAGAUGACGCCGAUCGGCGAAACCCCGCCGGAGUUACGAUCAUUCAAAUUGGCUAAGUCCCACACCAGUCGUUCCACGUACAAUAAGCUGAUAGCCUCCGAUACCGCGCCACCAAGAAUGAUUUCUCCUUCUCAAGUAGAAUCAUGCGAUUUCUUGCUCGUAGUGAGCGGCGAGAGCGUAGUGGCCAAAUAUGUAGGCACACAAGCCUCGCUAGCCGCCCAGUACGCAAUUCCCAUGUGGUGGACCGUCACGUUGCCGGACGCGUCCUUUGUGGCCGCUGAACGUGCGAGGAACUUCAAGGUAACUCUCGCAGUUGCCAUGGUAAUCGAUAGGAUACUGGAGGUCGCACACAAGGAAAUGCAAGGGAAAACCUGUGUAGUGUACAAUUUUGGGUAUCUACCGCAGAUAGGUUCACUCGCAUACGAAGCCCUAUGGAGAGCCGCGCACAGGCUUAAAAUACGCAGCGCCGAACUCUUUUUAGUUCAGCAGAAGCUUCCUGCUAUACACGCGCACAUCUUGUCGGCGAAAAAUUGCUGCAGUGUUACCAAGAAAUUCGAUAUCUACGAUCCGCAACUGUUGAGGAGGUUACCAGAAGACGAUGUAAAGGAGCACAAAUUAGAGGAAGGAGCUAAUUCGUAUCCGGUCAUCUUACGUGAGAUGAAAGAUCGAAUGAAAUGGAACCAGUUAAGACAAAUCAUUGACCAGAAGUUACUGCCGUCAGACGAAUGGGAUGAAGGCAAGGACGAUGAUGUUCAAAUCGAUCCUCCAGAAGAUUAUAUUCUGACAAGUAUGGCAGAUGAAGCACUCAAAGAGCAAAGCGCUGAACUGGAAGCAGAAAUGAAAUUGAAAGUCUCGUCACCAAGUGGUACGUCUUCAGAUUCAGAAUCCUCACUCAGUAUGUCACUUGAAGAAAAGGACGAUGAUCAACUGUGAACGAAAGAAAAUCAUCAAGAUUUAAUCAGGGGGGAGCGACUCAUCGUAUUUCGCAUCUCCCCACGGCGUACCUAUAUUAUGUGAGCAAGACGACGUCAACGAAAGAAAUGUAAAUGCGAAGGAAUAAGACGAUGCAAUAUUUGUAGGAUAGCGCAGAUUUGAACUGCACAAGACGGGAUGUGGAAUCCACGACAAGUCUCCGAGCAAUUCAAGUACAUGUCAACGCAAUGAGUCAAUGAACUUAAACACGACUUCCCCAUAGUGUGAAAUUCAACUGAAG